UUCGUAUCUGACGCUGUGGUCACCAAGUUGGAAUUCAAGUUUUUCAGGGGAAAAAAUUCAAAUUAUAUCAAUAAAUAAUGGAUUUCUAUUCUAUGCCACACUCUGCACCCUGCCGUGCUGUUAUGAUGACUGCAAAAGCCAUUGGCGUCCAACUAAAUCCAAAAUUAAUCAGUCUGCCAAAUGGCGAGCACUUGAAACCAGAAUAUUUAAAACUGAACCCACAGCAUACCAUCCCAACUUUAGUAGAUAAUGGUUUUGCUUUGUGGGAAUCACGUGCCAUUAUGACUUAUUUAAUUGAAAAAUAUGGCAAAGAUGACUCCUUGUUUCCUAAGGAUCCUCAACAACAGGCUGUGGUGAAUCAACGUUUGUACUUUGACAUGGGCACUUUAUACAAAAGUUUUGCAGAUUAUUAUUAUCCACAAAUUAAGUUUAAGGCACCAGCAGAUCCAGAAAAAUACAAAAUGAUGGAGAAAGCAUUUGAGUUCCUAAACACUUUUUUGGAUGGUCAGACUUAUAUUGCCGGUAAUAAGUUAACUGUGGCAGAUAUAGCCUUGGUGGCGACAGUCACCACUUUUGCUGUGGCUGGUUUUGACUUCAGUCAAUAUGACAAUGUCAAUAAAUGGUGGGAAAAUGCAAAGAAAGUAGUGCCCGGUUUUGAAGAAAAUUGGGAAGCAUGUUUAUCCUCGAAAAAACGUUACGAGGAUUUGAAAAAAUAAUAAGAAAUAUUUAAAUAAGUUAUUGUUAUCUAAAUGCUUAUGUGUUUUAAUUAAUUAAAA